UACAAUAUCAUUUUAUCAGUCACAAUGGCUACUGCAGACUGACGUGUGUUGUUGUUGUUUCCGAUUGUAUAGGAAAGAGAAAAAAAGAAAACUGAAGAUUUUCCUUUUAGAUUUUUUAAAGCAAUUUUUAUACAUGUAUCGCACUAAAAAACUAUAACUCGAAACAAAAAACUAUUAGAUCCAACUUGAGUUUUCAUUUCAAUGUGCUGCACGCCCGCCAGUAAUGUGGAAUUUUGCCUAGCUAAAGUUUAAGAAGGAGCAGGCCAAGAAAUUGUGUGUGGCUUUUCCAAAAAAAAUUUGAGGUGAUGGACAAUAAUGUAGUCAACGUUAGCACCGAAAGCUCAAUUAGUACGACACAAAAAAAUCACCAGCAUCAUCAGGAGCAGCAGCAUCUGCAGCAGCAGCAACAACAACAACACCAGAUAACUACGGUUAAUACGUUUUGGAGAAAUAGUAAUCGAGUAGUCCCAGGGCGACCGAGUCCUAAAAAUAAUCUAGUAAGCACAAAUUCGCAUACAGCAGCGACAGCAAGUGUCAGCGGAGGUGGUGCGAUUAACGCGAGCGUUAUGAUGUCCACUUUUCGAGAUUAUCAGAACUCUGUGAGUGAUGCUUGGGACACCGGUGAUGAUGAAUUCUGUAUUAUAUCUAAUGCUACACAACAACGUGCACAACAACAAUUCAUAAGAAAAGCACCCGGCGAAAAUGCCGUAAAACAUUUUAGCAGUUCAGAAGGAUCGCAUAUUUCUAGACAAGUUUCACAAUCGGCAGCUUUAAAUGUGAUUGAAAUUCAUCGCACUGGGCACAAUUACACCCAUCAAUUUAGCAGUAAUAACAACAUAACUCAGCACGACAAUAAUAUUCAAAUCAAACCCAAUCAUGACAAUUCCAAACAAGAAAAUCUUGAAACAAAUUUCAGGCCUCGCUUUCACCAAGUACAAGCUUUACCCGGACGACCGCAGUUACAAAAAAUCACCUCGAAUACACAAGACUCUGAAUAUGAAACGAAAAUUGAGAAAUUUAAAUCGUUAUUUCAAUCGCCUUUAUUGGAUUUAGUAGCUUUAAAAAAAAUAAGUUGGUCUGGAGUACCAAGAAAGAUGCGUGCCAUUAGCUGGCGUUUAUUAUCGAAAUAUUUGCCGCCAGCUGGUGAACGCCGCAAUGCAGUUUUAGAAAGUAAACGCCAAGGCUAUCAAGAUCUUCGGCAAAAUUACUUUAAAGUCGAUAGUCAAGAUGAGUCACAACAGGACACAUAUAGACAAAUACACAUUGAUGUCCCACGUAUGAAUCCUCAAAUAGCACUCUUCCAGCAAAAACUUGUACAAGAAAUGUUUGAACGCAUCUUAUUUAUAUGGUCAAUACGUCAUCCGGCAUCCGGUUAUGUACAGGGUAUCAAUGAUUUGGUAACACCGUUUUUUAUUGUAUUCCUACAAGAAGUUCUAGAGCCAGGGACUGAUAUAGAAAAAUUUGAUAUAUCGACAUUAACGGAAGAGAAACGUAAUGCUAUAGAGGCCGAUUCAUUUUGGUGUUUAUCGAAAUUUUUAGAUUGCAUACAAGAUAACUACAUAUUUGCUCAACUAGGUAUACAAGAGAAAGUCAAUCAACUAAAGGAUUUGAUACAAAGGAUAGAUGGAAAUUUGCAUCGUCAUUUGCUCGUGCAUGGUGUCGAUUAUUUACAAUUUUCAUUUCGUUGGAUGAAUAAUCUAUUGACCCGAGAAUUGCCAUUGCAUUGUACUAUACGUCUUUGGGAUACCUAUUUAGCUGAAUCGGAUGGAUUUGCUUUAUUUCAUUUAUAUGUUUGUGCCGCCUUUCUUUUACAUUGGAAAGAACAACUAAUGCAACAAAGCGAUUUCCAGGGUCUUUUGCUGUUGCUACAAAAUCUGCCAACGCAUAAUUGGUCCGAUCGUCAAAUUAACGUUCUAGUUGCCGAAGCAUUUCGUUUAAAAUUCACUUAUGCCGAUGCCCCGAAACAUUUAGAAACAAAAAGUUGACAGCAAUAUUUAUAUGUAUCAUAGAAGAAAAUAGGAAUCAUCAUAACUAUGUCACAUAUACACCUAAAGAGAAGAAAAAUAAUAAAAAAAAAAAGUAAAUAAAUAAAAUAAAACGCGAAAUAGAAUAAAUUUUAAAAUAUAUAAACCAAAAAAAAAGAAAAAAAAUUGAAUAGAAUGUAAUAUAUAUGUAACAUCAUCCGACAAAACACAUAGAACACGAAACACACAAUAUUUUAUAUACCGUUGGUUUGAAAGCUUAAAGCACUCAAGAUAUUUAAAAAAAAAAUGUAAUAAGGAUAUCGUAAACAAAGAAGAUAGGAAAAAUUUGAACUUUAUGAAAAGUUUCCUAAAUAAUUAUAAAAUUUUUUUUU